GCAAAAAACUUCUCUCGCCGAUAGCUUGAUUGUGCGGACUUUGACACUACGGAAGAGUUUCAAGAAGACGUUCUUCGCUAGAGAACACUUCCAGUGAGCCAUGGACGACGGGCUUUACGAGGUAGUUACUGUAAAGGGUCUCAUUUUCUUGGCGUGGCCUGGCGUCUUCUGCGCGACAACGAGCAAGUUAGUAGUGAUGGAUGAAUCUCCUCCCGAGUCGUCGUCCCGGGUAAUCAAGCUCAAGGGGCUGUUCGGGCUUUUGAUCGACACCCAAGACGAGACAGUGAUCCGGCCCUCGACGAUGCCGUUCCCUCACCUCCAAGCCAAUCCCAACUUUGUGGAUGGCGUAGCUUCCAGGGACGUGGUCAUAAGCGACAGUCCCUCCAUCUGGGCCCGGGUGUUCCUCCCCGAGAAGGCCAGCCUCGUCCGCGAUGACAAAGCUUUCAAGAAAGUCCCAGUGAUCCUCUACUUCCACGGCGGUGCCUUUGUGAUCCUCAGCCCCGACAUCUCUUUCUACCACCAGUACUGCGAGAAGAUCGCCAGAAAGACAAAUGCGGUGGUGGUGUCGGUGGACUACAGGCUGAUCCCAGAGAAUCGUCUUCCUGCUGCGUACGACGACGCCUUUACGGCUCUGAGCUGGUUGAAGACUCAGGCCACCGCUGCAAACGAGCUCGUCGACCCGUGGCUGGCGACGUACGCGGACUUCGGCAAGAUCUUCCUUAUGGGCGACAGUGCCGGAGCCAACAUCGUCCACCAUCUUUCAGUGCGAGCUUCUUCGAGUGACUUGGAGCCGCUGGCGAUCAGAGGACAGAUUUUGGUGCAGCCGAUGACGGGGGGCCCGGACAGGCUGCGCUCGGAGGUUGUGGGUGCUAAGAACGGAUCAUUCUCCUUCCAGACCAACGACUGGUUGUGGAGACUGGCUCUUCCCAAAGGCUCCGACAUGUCUCAUCCGUAUUGCAAUCUCCCGGCGGCUGUUAUGGAGCUGGCAAAGGUUCCUCUGCCUCCGGCUCUGGUGGUGUUGGGAGGAGUAGACUGGAUGCACGACAGGCAGUUUGAGUACGUCGCUUCGUUGAGGAAGACCAAAAAGGAGGUGGAGCUUCUCGACUAUGAGAAAGCUAAGCAUGGCUUCUUCAUCUACGAUACCGAGGAGACAGGCAAUUUCCUUCGAGCACUGGCUGGCUUCGUCACCAAGCGCUCCAGGGAGGCUAGAGCAUGAGUUUAAAGUUUACCAGUUAGAUAGAAGCGAGUUACCUCCCUUUUUUUUCAAUCUUCCUUCUAAUUGUGAAAUCUUUUGGCAAAUGUCUCGGCCACGAGCAAAGGAAACGCAAUUGUUGCAUCGCA